UAGCGUCGCCGCUAGCGCCGCCGUGCGGCCCCGGCGAGGGCGGCGUGACCGCGCCGGGGCACCGCGGGAUGGACCCCGCGGCCGAGCACCAGCAGCAGCUGCGCAGUCUGAGGGACUUCCUGCUGGUCUACAAUCGGAUGACUGAGCUCUGCUUCCGCCACUGCGUCUCCAACCUCAACUACCGGCUGCUCACCGGACAGGAGGAGCGGUGCCUGGACGGCUGUGCCGGGAAGCUGGUGCACGCCAACCACCGCCUGGUGCGAGCCUACGUGGCCACCAUGCCAAGCAUCCUGCAGCGCCGAGCACAGCAGCUCCAGGAGCCACCCUCCGGCGCCUCUCCUGAGCCCCCAGCAGCACCGGGCCCUGGGGAGCCCUCACAGGGGGGUGCCAGUGCUGGGACGUAGCCCUGGCUGCCCCCCGUGCCCACGACGCCAGCGGGAGAUACCAGUACCCGGUGCCGCGGUGCAGGCCUGGCACACGGUGUCUGUCCCGGUGUGGAGCUGGGGUCCUGCACCAAGACACAGCCAGAAGGAUCCUGAGGGUCCGUGUCUGACGGUGGUGGCACCAGGAGCCCCCUGGCCAUGGCUGUGCCAGGGUGGGGGGCACCAAGAAUGGGCAGCAGCAUCUCCACUGGCACUGGAGAUGCCACCCAGGCUCUGCCCCAGCGCUUCCUGCUCCAGGCCUGGGCUGGAGACAACUUCUGGAGAUAAUAAAGGUCCUGGGGGUGACCUUCUG